CGCGGCGGCCUGGCCGUGUUCGCCGCCGUGGCCGCCGUGUUCACCCUCACGCUGCCCCCCUCGGUGCCGGGGGGAGACUCGGGGGAACUGAUCACAGCCGCACAUGAGCUUGGAGUCGCCCAUCCUCCUGGCUACCCUUUGUUCACUCUGGUGGCUAAACUGGCAAUUACACUAUUUCCUUGCGGUUCGGUUGCCUACCGAGUCAAUCUUCUUUGCGGCUUAUUCGGAGCAGUAGCUGCAUCAUUACUUUUUUUCACCGUUUUCAGGCUUUCUGGCUCUCAUGCUGGAGGAAUCCUUGCUGCGGGGGUGUUUUCAUUCUCUCGUCUAACAUGGCAGUGGUCCAUUGCAGCAGAGGUUUUUAGCUUAAACAAUCUGUUUGUGGGGCUGCUUAUGGCUCUUACUGUACAUUUUGAGGAGGCAGCAACCGCAAAAGAAAGAUCAAAGAUAGCUAAAAUUGGUGCUUUCUGCUGUGGCCUUAGCUUAUGUAAUCAGCACACAAUAGUACUGUAUAUUUUGUGCAUAGUACCAUGGAUUCUCUUCCGACUUUUAAAAGAGAAGGAACUGACCCUGGGCUCAUUGUUGAAGCUGAGUCUGUGCUUCGCAGCUGGUUUGUUGCCCUAUGUCUACCUUCCCGUCUCCUCCUACCUCAAUCGAGCCCGUUGGACCUGGGGAGAACAGACGACGUUGCUAGGAUUUUUGACCCAUUUUCUCAGGGAAGAAUACGGAACAUUCAGUCUGGCCAAAUCUGAAGUAGGAUCCAGUAUGUCUGAAAUUUUGCUUUCUCAAGUAACAAAUAUGAGGACCCAACUCUCAUUCAACAUUCAAGCCCUUGCAGUUUGGGCAAAUAUAUCUUUAGCAAGAAAGGACAGACAGAACCCAUCAUUAGUUUGGCUCUUUACUGGAAUGUUUUGCAUUUAUUCAUUGUUCUUCGCUUGGAGGGCGAAUUUAGAUAUUUCCAAACCACUUUUCAUGGGUGUGGUAGAAAGAUUCUGGAUGCAGAGCAAUGCUGUGGUGGCCGUGCUCGCCGGCGUCGGCUGGGCGGCGCUUGUGUCCGAGAGCAACCGGGUGCUGACCCCCAGGGGGCUGCAGUGUCUGCAGUGGCUUUCAGCAACUCUUUUUUUAAGUUACCAAAUAUAUUCCAAUUUCAGCAUUUGUGACCAAAGGACCAACUAUGUUAUUGAUAAAUUUGCAAAGAACCUUCUGGCCUCUAUGCCUCAUGAUGCAAUUAUCUUACUCAGAGGAGAUUUGCCAGGAAAUUCUCUCCGUUACAUGCAUUAUUGCGAGGGACUAAGGCCAGAUAUUUCACUAGUGGAUCAGGAAAUGAUGACUUAUGAGUGGUAUUUACCCAAGAUGGCAAAGCACUUACCAGGUGUCAGCUUUCCUGGAAACCGGUGGAAUCCUGUGGAAGGAAUAUUACCUAGUGGAAUGGUCGCAUUUAAUCUUUAUCAUUUUCUUGAAAUAAACAAACAAAAAAAAACGUUUGUUUGCAUAGGAAUUCAUGAAGGUGACCCAACCUGGAAAAAGAACUAUUCACUUUGGCCUUGGGGUUCCUGUGACAAAUUAGUUCCUUCAGAGAUUGUAUUCAACCCCGAGGAGUGGAUUAAACUGACAAGAAAUAUCUAUAACUGGACCGAAGAAUAUGGAAGGUUUGACCCAUCUUCUUGGGAAUCUGUGGCCAACGAAGAGAUGUGGCAAGCAAGGGUGAAAACCCCGUUCUUCAUCUUUAACCUGGCGGAGUCUGCGGAUGUACCUCUAGACGUGAAGGCUCAACUCUACACUCACGCAUAUAACCUCUAUAAGGAGAUUGUCCAUUUACAAAAGGAACACCCGGUGAACUGGCACAAGAACUAUGCCAUCGCCUGUGAGCGCGUGCUGCGCCUUCGGGCAGGAGGCGCGGACCCAGAGGCCUUGUUGUCGGAGACCAUCAGACACUUCCGUCUCUACACCCAGAAAGCAAGGAAUGAUCCUCAGCUGCCUGAUAUUUCAGCUGCUCUACAGCACCUGAGGAAAGAACUGCGAAGUCUGAGAAAUAAGAAGAAUGUCUGAGGCAGCAGAAUGUGAAAAACCUGCUCAUGCUCCUGCUGCCAAAAUUCCAAAGUCCAGAAGAGUUUCCUCCAAGAAAAGAAGCUGCAUCCGAAAAUUGAAGACCAAGUCAGCCCCCAGAAAUCAGCAGCGGGGUGGGCAGUGCCCUGUUGAAUGGGGUGUGCUCCUUAUGCAAAUUCUGUUUAUCCAGUGUUCCCAAAUUAGCAUUUCAGUGAGAAUCUUUCAGAACAACCUUCCUACUUCCUCCUUCACCUCAUAGCUUUGCUUGAUUCGAUGCUGGAAGAGAAGGGACUAUUUUCAUAUACUUUAAAUAUCGAUUGUAGAUCUUUUCAAGGGCCCUUACGCCGGGCUCAGUUUUGCAGGUUAAGUUCUUAAAACAUUCUUACCAGACCAAAGACACAUUUUUCUGUUUCCCAAAAAGUGAUUUUUUUAAAAAGAGUGAAUCUUGCUCUGCUUCAAGUUAAAAUACUUUUUUUUCUUUAGUAGCUCUGGUUGUUACAUAAUUUCACACUUCAAGCUAAACACCAACCCAGUGAUAUUUUGAAAAAAGUUGGGGUUUCAUGGUCUUUGAGGAUUCUCUGAAAUCAUUAAAAAAAUAAAGCUAAUUUGUUGUUGCUUUCAGUCGCAUAAAGGGGCAAAUAAAAAGGAUUUUGUAUUUCCUUACCUAA